CGGUCGAGUUGCGUAAUAGGGGCUAAACUGUUGACACAAAUUCUGCUAAAAACAGAGGAGUUAGCUUAGCGAAGAGAUUGUCUCCGCUCAGCUGAGAAAUGUGCACAUGACAAAAGUUCUCAGGCAGAAUAUUUUCGUCUGACGUGUGACUGACAGAGCUCAUCCUCAGAGUCAAAGCGAUAUUACAGCCACAACAAUGCGCCUGUCUGUAGUCCUCUUGGCCAAGUCUAGCUGAGGAGAAAAGUAAAGCAAAAAAGCUAUGGCAUCUCAAACCAAGCCUGUUCUUCAUGGAUACUUCAGAAGUUCCUGCUCCUGGAGGGUCCGCAUUGCUUUUGCUCUCAAAGGUAUUGAAUAUGACCAGGUUCCAGUCAAUCUAAUCAAAGAUGGAGGUCAACAGCGUACACAAGAGUUCAAGACAAUAAACCCCAUGCAACAAGUGCCUGCAGUUGAAAUUGAUGGCUUCAUCCUCUGUCAGUCACUGGCAGUGAUCCAGUACCUCGACGAGACCAGGCCAGGCCCCCGACUUCUUCCAGCAGACCCAAAGAAGCGUGCCCAGGUUCGGAUGAUCAGUGACCUCAUUGCCUCUGGGAUACAACCUCUGCAGAAUUUGUAUGUGAUUCAGAAAAUAGGAGCAGAGAAGGUGCAGUGGUCUCAGCACUUCAUUAAUCGAGGCUUUCAGGCUCUGGAACCCAUUCUGAAAGAAACAGCAGGGAAAUACUGUGUGGGUGACGAGAUUUCCAUGGCUGACAUCUGUCUGGCUCCACAAGUCUACAAUGCAGAGAGAUUCAAAGUGGACAUGGAACAGUUUCCCACCAUCAAACGGUUAAAUCAAACCUUACUUGAGAUCGACGCCUUCAAAGUGAGCCACCCAUCCAGCCAACCAGACACACCUGAUGACCUGCGUGCAUAAAUCUCCAGUGUCAGGACACACAUGUAUUUUUCUGCUUUGUUAAAUAAAAUGCUUUGAAAACA